UUUCAACCUGGUCACGUUAGGAUGCAGCUUGAUGUUAAGUUACAUGUGUAGGAAAAUUUAAAACUGACGGGCGAUUUACAUUUUUCCCCCCCAUCACGGUUACUCCCAAAGGAAAAUUACUUAAGUCAGAUGGUCAGAGAGUCAACGAGGACGAAGUUUGACGAUGGACCCUGACAGUCCCGUUUCCAGGGUGGGGAGGACUUUUUGGACAGUUUGGUCCUAUAUAACCGAAGCUGUGAACAGAUUCCUCAGGCCAGAGCCCAAUAACACCGACAGCAAUGACCCGAAUGCCUCCCAGCAAUCUGCAGUUGACAGUGAGCCUGCUGACAGUGAUCACCCAGAAGGUGACACUAGUGGAAGGGGUGUCGAUGAGGAACAGCUUCUUGCGACAGCUUCUCUGCUUAGUUCAUCACGGCCAGUUGUUGCCUGGGAUCUUUCCACCACAGACAUCGACUUGGGGCCUGUGGAAGAAAGCAUGCAGUACAAAAGCCAGCUGAGUGGGGGUAAUGAAAGCACAGCAUCUGAGGAAGGUGAGGGGACGAGAGAGGAACAGUUAGGCCAAACAAGAAAUGAUGAUGCAGGACUGCCUGUUGCUAAAGAUGCAAGAGCAAAAGAAGAUGAAGAAGAAGAAAACCGAGAUUGGAAAUUGUACACUCAUGGACAAGGUGAGACGCCAGAGAAUGAUGAGUAUGAAGAACAGGCAAAGAUGGAGUCACGAAAUCUUACAGAAGAUGCAAUGAGUGAAGACACAGAGGGAAGUGGAAGAAAGGAUGCUGAGGAUGAGACUCAGGGGACACUGGAUGAUCAUCAAAAAAUGGAUGAAACCAUGACAGAGAUCCAAGUAAAGGAGGAAGAUGAUAAAAUCCACCAUGCAGAUGAGAAAGAUUUGGAGGCAGAAGACACUGAGAUAAUGUUGCACCCAAUGACAGAUUUUAGUUUAGAAAAGGAGCUUAGCAUGCCUAUAGAAGAGGCAAGGGUACAGAGGGAUGAGGCGGUUACGGCAGUGAUGUAUGAAGAAGUAGAAAACAGUUGUGGUGUGUUGCAGCUGACCUCGGAAAAUGAAAACAAGUAUGAUGAGGAGGCAAAACCAGUUGAGAAUCAAUUUUCAGUAGCUGAAGAGCUGUCAGAAAGUGAUGUUGAGGGAGACAAAGGCAUUACUUCACUGGAAGAUGAAUUACAAACUACCCUCAAAAAAAGUGGCAGUGUGUCAGAGGAUGUUGGACAAGAGCAUGCGAUGGCUCAUAGAAGUGAAAGUGAUGAAGUUGAGGAUGAAAGAGAAAAGGAGGAUGAGAACACAGUGGACGAGAGCGAGCAGAGUGAGGAAGAAACUGUCAAUGAUGCUGCAGACAAUCAGGCAAUAGAUGAAGAGCCAGAGCAGGAAGAAGACGUCAAAAUGGGUUCAGAAGACAUUCAAGGCAUUUUUACUGAACAUGUUACAUACAAUGAAGAAGCCGUGCAAAACGCUGAAGCAGAGCUACACACAGCUGAAUUCACAGAUGAAGGAAAGGAGGAUGUGGCUAAGGACACCGAAGUGCAAACCAAAACAAGAGAGAUGGAUGAUGUCGAUGGUGCAGUAACUGAUGAAAAAUCUCAUGUGACAGCAACAGACAUUUCGGCAGACGAGAGAGUUUGUGAUGAAGAGGAGAGGCUUUCUAGCGAGACAGAAGACGACACAGAAAGUUGCAUGGAAAUAGCCUGUACGACCACCUCAUUUACAGUAAAACCUGAAGGCGAGACCGGAAAGGAAAAAAGCGGAGAGUCUAAGAAUAUACCUCCAGGAAUAUGCGAAGGCCCGUUUGUUGUGUCGCAGGGGCUAAAUUCUCCGACAUCUGAGGAAACACAAGAGGGAGUUCCUGAAUACAACAAUGACCCUGGGCCAGAUGAAAAUACAACACAUAGCUUCCUGGAUGUAGGAGAUUCCAAGGAAAUCCAUGCUGCUGAAUUACCAGAAGAGGUGGAGAGCAAAGAGUUGGAGAGCCUUAAAAACAGUGGUGCUGGAGGUGACUAUUUAAUGCUGAGGGAGCAAAUGAAAGAGGAACGAGAAAACACAGAAGAUAUUGAGAAGGAGCACACUGGAAUACUGCACCUCACAGAUACUGGAUUACCACAAGAAACAGAGGAGCUGCUUGUUGAACCAGCAACUGAAGAAUCGGGACACUUAUUUGAGGAAGAGGAAGGAAAAUUAUUGGACAGUUCGAAGAUGGGAAUGGAACACUCAGAAAAGCACUUUGAGACACAUGUGGGUGUAACAGGUGAGACAGCAAAAGAGCUGCAAGAUGUGACUGAAGAGCUGUUGGUUGAAUUUGAAAUAGAUGGACAGUUAAGUGCUGAAGAUGGCUGUGAGACAACAGGAGUCAUAGCAGCAGAGGAUUCGGUGGUCGGAUUUGCGGAUGAAACAUUAAAAAUGCUUGAGGCUGAAGUACAGAAUAUGACCAGGACAGCGUUCUUUCAAGAAUCAGAAGAUACCAUAAACUUUGAACAAAACAGCAACAUGACUCCUAGUUUACUAGAAGACAUCGCUGAAUGUGGAUUCAUGAAAGAGCCAGUUGAGACUGAGCCUAAAUUACUUGAAGAUAGAACUGUGGAAAUGCAAGAUGCAGGGAUAGAUACGGAAGAACCAGGUUAUGGAGUUGAGGAGGAAGAAGUAGAAGAUGAAAUUCAGAGCAACAAUGAGAUGGAGUUUUUCAAUCCAGAGGUUGUGGGAAUGGCAGCUGGUCCAGCCACAGAAAACAACACAGAUAAUUUGUUUGGAGAAUCUGAAAUAUCUAGAAUGGAUGAGUCGCUGGAGACAAAAAAUCAACUAUCAGACGAAGCAUUUGGGAUGAGCAAGAAGGAGAUGUUAACAGAUACCAAAGCAGUGGGUGAAUUAAUGACAAUGGAGUCCAAGCCAAAAGAUUUGACUUUGAUAGCAAUAACAGAAAUGGCAAAGCAUGUGACAGAAUCAGAGGGGAGUUAUCCUGAAGAAACAAGUAGCUCAGUCAGUCAAGAUGUGAUUGAUCAAGAAAUCCUCGACUUGUGGAUACAGACAGCAUCGUUAAAAGACACGGACAUGGAACAACAAGAGGGGCCUGAACCCGGACAACAAAUGGACACAAAAAUAGAGCCAUCAAAUGAGGAACAAGAUGAAAUGCCAUCGGUGCAGGCAGAGAAGGAGAAAGAGCAGCUUGUGGAGUCAAAUUCAGGAGAAUCUGGAUUAUUGAGUGACGUUGAAAUGUCUUCAUCAACAGCAGAGUCAGGAUUUUUGGACCAGUCUGUCAGUGAAUGGGACACAAACCAAAGUGACACCCAUCUGCUGAAAUCGACCAGCACUGGGUCAUUUCAAGGCAUCUAUGACAAGUUGGCUAGUAUGUCAGAAUCAGCAGACAUCUCUGAAUUCUCUACACAACAACCCAACUCUGAAUCUCAGCAUAUAUUGAUGGAGGAAGCAGUGGAGGCAGGACAAUCUGAUCUGACAGAGAAGGAAUCAAGUGUUGAGACUGGAUUUCCUUCAGAUUUAGGAGUAAUAUCAUCAGAAGCUGGACAUCUAAAUCAGGAAUCGGACGAAUCACAAGAAAAAACGGAUGAAGAACAAGUUGAAUUGGCGGUGACUGAAACAGGAUCACAGGAAGAGACUGAUGCUGAGGUAAUGGACCUAUCAUGGAGAACUGAUUUGAAAGACACUGAAGAAGCAGACGUUGAGGCCAAAAUGGGCUCACUCUUCAAAGACGAGAAAACUAAAGUUGAAGAUGCGCCUCUUGAGGUGACUGAGUCUGACUCUCCAGAUGAAAUCAAACACGCUGAAUCAGGACGAUCUAGAAGUGGCUCAGAUGCUUCGUCGCAGGAGGAAAUCAUGCUGACAGAAUCACAAGACGACGCCUGUACUGAAUCCAAGAAGUUGUUGAAGUUGCCCUCACUGGACAAACCACAGCCAGAAGAUAUUGCUGAAUCACUACUCGAGCUAAACCAGGCUGAGGAUACAGAACAGACGACAACUAAACCUGAAGAUCAGACUGAGGUGAAUGCAUCUUCACUGGACUUCUCUGCGCAAAGAUCAAGAAUUGCUGUUAAAAACCCUUGUGUAAGGCCACCCAAAGAUCCCCGUUCCCUGCUAAAUAUGCCCUCACUGGAUCCCACACCCUCCUCACAUCUGCCAGUCAGAGCACCUAUAGGUGUGCCUUUGGGAGGCAUGGGCAUUGGAAUAAAACUGCCUGGGCUUGGUGCAGGUUUUCCUGUUUUAAAAAAGACGCGUGUGGUGAGAGAAGACAAAAGCUCAGAAAGCUCACAGGAACCUGAGUCAAAGUCAGAGGAGAAGAGUGACACUCCCAAACAAGAUGAGGCACAACCCAGACCUAAAUGGAUGCCACCAAGACAACCAGGAUUUGGAAAUCCACUCAUGUCUGAACUGAAGUCCAAACUGAAGAAAACCACAAAAGAGUGAAAAAAUAUGAAUUGUAAUGCAUUGUGUGAAUAUUUGAUUAUAUGAUACAAAAAAAAAAAAUUAUUUUUGAUGUAUUUAUCAAACUGAAUACAGUGAUGAGAUGUUCAUAUUCUAUGUUAAAGUUCUGUAAUAAAUUUGAGCUGAA